GUUGCUAGCUAGAAACCAAGAUUCUCUUCUUUCUGCUUUAACCAACCUUAGCAACUUCUUUGUUAUUCUCUUCUCUUUUCUUUUCAUUUUCAUGCAAGGUAAAAACAUGAAACCUCUUCUCUUCUUCUUCUCUUUUUCUUUUGUUCCUCUGUUCUUUUCUUCAUCUCUUCUAUUCUUUUCUUCAUCUCUUCUAUGUACUUUGUGUAUAAAUACCAUCUCAUCCUCUCUUCUUCUUCCUCCAUCUUUUAAUUACCAAGUCUCUGUUUCUCUCUAUCUCUCUCUACCUUUCUCUCUCUCUCUCUCUCUCUCUCUCUUUUUAUAUCUCUCUUUGAUAUCCCUUUCUCUAGCUAAGAGUAUGACAAAUAAGUGUAGUUCAAUUCAAACAUAUCUAAAGGUGCUAAUAGUUAUAGUUAUUAGCCGUUUAAUGUCCAUCCUUGGGAAACCAGCAUCAUCAUCAACAAAGACAGUGACAAGUUCAGUACUGCCGCAAAACCUAUUAGCACUUGAUCUUGCUAAUAGGUUAAGUUUCAAUUCUGAUUCCAUCAACUUAGCUUCAACUGAUUUCGGUAAACUUGUUCAAUCAAAACCCCAAGCAGUUUUCUACCCGUCUUCUCACCAAGACAUCGAAAACCUUGUAAAAUCCUCUUACUCUUCUAAUAGACCUUUUAGUAUUGCAGCAAAAGGUAAAGGUCAUUCGGUUCGAGGUCAAGCAAUGGCUCAUAAUGGUGUUGUUAUUGAAAUGAGAUCAUUGAUGAAUUGUGGUAACCGAAUCAAUGUUUCCACGACAGAUCUUUACGUUGAUGUUGGUGGUGAACAGCUGUGGAUAGAUGUUCUAAAUGCUACCCUCCAAUACGGACUUACGCCAAAGUCAUGGACUGAUUAUUUGUACCUCACCGUUGGCGGUACUUUAUCAAAUGCCGGAAUUAGUGGUCAAUCGUUUCUCUAUGGACCUCAGAUCAGCAAUGUCUAUGAGAUGGAUGUCAUUACUGGAAGAGGAGAGACAGUGACUUGUUCCAAACAUAAGAAUUCAGAGCUUUUUCUUGGAGUAAUGGGAGGUUUAGGUCAAUUUGGGAUCAUCACUAGGGCUAGAAUUGCCUUACAAACAGCCCCACAAAAGGUGAAAUGGAUACGGAUGCUUUACAGUGAUUUUUCAGUGUUUACAAAAGACCAAGAACAUUUGAUCUCCAUAAACAACAAUGAGAAUGGUCAUAAUCAUGGUCUGGAUUAUGUUGAAGGAUCACUUAUGAUAGACAUCCAUUUAAGUUCUCUUAACAAUUGGAGAUCGUCGUCAUUUUAUUCCAAAAGAGAUUAUCGAGAAAUUAUUUCUCUAGCAACAACAAAUGAUGGCAAAAGCAACAUCAUUUACUGCUUAGAAGUGGCCAAGUAUUACGAUGAUCUCACUGUCAAUACCAUCGAUAAGGAGCUGGAAUUGUUGUUCAAUGGACUGAGUUACACUCCCGGGUUCAAGUUCACGAAAGACGUUUCCUAUGUAGAUUUCUUGAAUAGAGUACGAAUAGGAGAAUUAGAGCUUCAAAAAAAAGGACUAUGGGAAGUUCCACAUCCAUGGCUGAAUCUAUUUGUACCGAAAUCUCGAAUAUCAGAAUUUGAUUCUGAAAUCUUUCAUGGAAUCCUUGGAAAAAACAGAUCCGCUGGACCAAUUCUUGUCUACCCUACUUAUCGAAACAAGUGGGAUGAAAGAGCCUCGGCAGUGAUUCCUGAUGAAGAAAUCUUUUACUCAGUAGGGUUACUACAAUCAAGUGGUAUGAAUGAUUGGGAGUACUUGGAAGAACAAAAUAAAGAGAUACUAAGGUUUUGUGAUAAAGUUGGAAUCAAGUAUAAGCAGUAUUUGCCUCACUAUGAGACUAAAUCAGAAUGGGUGAAUCAUUUUGGUGCAAAAUGGGUUUUGUUUAAGCAAAGGAAAACUAUGUUCGAUCCUAAGAGGAUACUUUCACCUGGACAAAGAAUUUUUAAUUAAUGAAACAUUUAUGUAGUAUUAUUAUUAACCAAUAUCGUAAAAUUUUAGUUCACUUUAGAAUCUAGGGGACGAUUGUUUAGGACAAAUAUGUAUGCCAUGGUUACUAAUUAAUCAAUUAGAUGUGUAUCAUGUUUGAAUUUAGCCUAGUUAUCAAGCAUUAUGAUUUUUUUCCUUGGCCUAA